AGAAGAUGGCGGAGUACGGCGUAGGUUUUGUGGCCAUUCUGUUGGCUUACCUCACGUUUGUGGCUGUGAGAGACUUCACACAGCCGAUAAAUCAAGUGGAAGCAGAACAAGAUGUAUCGCUUCCCAAAAAGUUAAAACAUUUUGGCGGCCCCGUCAUUAGAUUUAUGUACUGUAUAUCCUGAGGAUAUCGUCGCCUCUUCGAGGAGUACUCCCAGGUUAUUCGCCAGAAGUAUCCAGGAGUACAGAUUGAAGGGGAAAACUUUCCACCACACCUCAUAAAGCAAUAUUUAGCCAAUUUAAUUGGUAUGCUCAAAUUCAUAAUUAUCGCCAUGGUUAUUGGUAGUAUCAACCCCUUUGCAAUGUUCAACAUGGAGACACCAAAUUUUUGGACAUAUGCCAUGCAGAAUAAGAUGUAUGCUUGUUUAAUGUUAUUUUUCAUCACAAAUUUUAUUGAAUCACAACUGCUGUCUACUGGAGCUUUUGAAAUAGCAUUUAAUGAUGUACAAGUCUGGUCUAAAUUAGAAUCCGGCAGAGUACCACAGCCUAAUGAAUUAUUUCAAAUCUUGGAUAACCAGCUGAACUUCAAUUUCAGAUCAUAAAACAAAAAAAAGGUCAAUGAUAACCAGUACUGUCGAGCAGUUGUGAGUGUCUACCUACAAGAUUGGUGCAUUUAUGAAGGUUUGUACAGAAAGCAGUUAAUACUGUGUGUACAGACUGGAACACAAGGUUUUUUCCUCUGCACCUUUUUUUUUAUUAGAACCUGACAUGUACUUGACAGAAACUGGCAAAUCAAGUAAUAUUAUUCAGUUGAUUGCUCAAAAUGAUAAAAAAUAUGAUCUGAUUUCAUUUUAGUCUGUUUUUCUCUUGCAAUAUUUGUGAUGUUUCUGAUAAUUUUUUGUACUUUUCACAAUAUGACUUGAUUUCAUGAACAAACUGAUAACAAUAUAACCACUUGUAUAUUUUAAAACAAAAAAAUAUUUAAACGUUUUGUUGUAUUACUUUGAAUUAUGUUUGAAUGAAAUGUUAGUUUCUUAUUUACACAGUGUCUUUAAUCUUGAAAGGGUGACUCACUUUCCCUGAAAUUUUGUCCUUGUGGAAUUUCCUUUAAUCAUUAAUGCUAAAAAUUUAAUUGUUUACAAGUAAUAUCUUAUGUAAAAACUGUUUGUUCUUUUUCUUAUCAAACAUUUUAAAAUUAGUGUAUGUUUACAAGCACAUUAGACUACUUUAUUUUUUGCUGACAUAGCGAAUCAUCAAAAAUAUAAAUUUACUCCUAAUGGGUACAUGCAACAAGUCAAAAUACUUGAUGCACAACUGACUAAGUUCUUAUUUUUUGUGAAAAUAAUGUAUUCUACUGCGUAUUGUAAAUGUAUUGUUAAUUUCCUAUGCAAUGUUCUAAAGAUAUUAAUGUAAUUGUACAUAGUGUGACAACUGCAUGACACAAGGCACAACAUCCACUAAAUGAUCUAUUGUAGUGACAGAUUGAAAAAUAAAGAGUAAAAAUAUUUAUC